UCGUGAACUGUCACCAUAACUAACCUCAAAUUAUACUUGUUUAUGUGUCGUUUGUUGUGUAAAUUCUUGUUAGUCUUUUAAUCAAUUACUGACCCAUAUAAUUCUUUUUAUAAUUGAUAGAUAAUAUUUGACAGAAACCGAUAACAUGUCUAAAACAUCCAGUAUCAAAAUAUACCCAGGAGCUUUAGUGUGUGAAGAAGCCAGGUUGAGAGGAGAUAUAACAAUAAACAAAGAUUGUAUUGUCCAUCCAAUGGCAACUAUUAUUGCCGAGGCUGGGCCUAUUAUUAUAGGGGAGAGCUGUCUAAUUGAAGAACAGGCCAAAAUAAUUUAUAGAAUACCUUUUGAUAAAGCACAAGAUAAGAACAAUGUUGAACCACUUGUUAUUGGACCACAUAAUGUUUUUGAAGUAGGAUGUCAUGUUGAAGCCAGCAAAAUAGGAAGCAACAAUGUUUUUGAAUCCAAAUGCUUUGUUGGUAAUAAAGUAAUAGUUACCAAUGGUUGUACAAUAGGUGCUGGUUGUCAGCUUAAAGAGGAGCAAGAAUUGAAAGAAAACAUUAUCGUAUAUGGACAACAGUGUCAUACUCGGGAAGGUUUGAGCAAACCUUUGCCUCAGUUUUCACAAAUGGAAACACUCAUGAAGAUAAUUCCAAAUUAUCAUCAUUAUCGUAAACCCAACAUUAAAGCAAAGUAAUCCUUCGAAUGAAACUGAUUUUGCUGGUCAACUCAUACACAUUCUUUAUUUAGACAAGUUCACAGCAGAUGACUGCUUAGAAGCAAAAUUGAUUAGAUGUAGAUUUUAUAUUUAACUAUAUUUUAAUAUGUAUGUAUCUAUGUUAUGAUUCAAUGUUCUAGGUAAUAGGUUUUAGAUUGACUGUGAACAUAUUUUCUUUGUUACAUGAAACAUGUAAUGAAUACUUUUUAUAUAUGUUGUAUAUUUAAUUAUUUGUUAAAUGUAUCUGUACAAAGUAUUUAAAUUUUAGUCAACUAACAUUUGAAUAAAAAAGUUGUAGCUUAAA